UUUUCCUCCAGGAGCCCAGCAGCAUGAUCUUCCCCUUGGAUUCAGAGGAGAAGAAAGUGAAGCUGAGCUGCGAAGUGAAAGGAAAUCCCAGACCAACCAUUGGGUGGAAGCUAAAUGGAAGCAGUAUUGACACGGGGAUGGAUUACCGCUACAGCCUGGUGGAAGGCAACCUGUUGAUCAAUAAUCCCAAUAAAACCCAAGAUGCUGGAACAUACCAGUGUGUAGCAACAAACCCCUUUGGAACGAUUGUCAGCAGAGCAGCAAAGCUUCAGUUUGCUUAUCUUGAGAACUUCAAAACAAGAACAAGAAGCACUGUGUCUGUUCGCCAGGGCCAGGGCAUGGUGCUGCUGUGUGGACCACCCCCACAUUCUGGAGAGCUCACCUAUGCCUGGAUCUUCAACGAGUACCCCACCUUCGUACACCAGGACAACCGCCGCUUCGUUUCCCAAGAGACCGGGAACUUGUACAUCGCCAAGGUGGAAGCUUCAGACGUGGGCAACUACACCUGUGUGGUGACCAACACAGUGACCAACACCCGGGUCCUGGGCCCCCCCACCCCACUCAUCCUCAGGAAUGAUGUUCCUACCAUUAGUUGGAGGAGAGCAGAUGGGAAACAGAUCCCCAGAAAAGCCAGGAGACACAGAUCGAGUGGACUUCUUGAAAUCCCAAAUUUUCAGCAGGAAGAUGCUGGACUUUAUGAGUGUGUUGCUGAAAAUGUGAGAGGGAAAAACGUGGCACGAGGACAACUGAUAUUUUAUGCUCAGCCCAGCUGGAUCCAGAAGAUCAGUGAUGCUCGUGCAGCCAUGGAGGAGAGCGUGGCCUGGGAAUGCCGAGCGAGUGGGAGGCCGAAGCCCUCGUACCGCUGGCUGAAGGAUGGGGAGCUGCUGCUGCCCCAGGAGAGAGUUCAGCUGGAGCAAGGCUCACUCACCAUCACCAAUGUCAGCCUCUCAGAUGCUGGCAUGUAUCAGUGUGUAGCUGAGAACAGGCACGGGGUCAUUUUUGCCAGUGCAGAACUGAGUGUCAUAGCUGUCAGUCCAGAUUUUUCCAAAACACUCCUGAAAAAGUUAACUCUUGUUAAAGUGGGUGGUGAGGUAAUCAUCGAGUGUAAGCCGAAAGCUUCCCCCAGACCUACUUAUUCUUGGAAGAAAGGAAAAGACAUCCUAAGAGAAAAUGAGAGGAUCACUGUUCUGGAUGAUGGGAGCCUGCGGAUCGUCAACGUCACCAAGGCCGACGCGGGCAGCUACACCUGUGUGGCAACAAACCUCUUUGGGACAGCCAGCAGCACGGGCAGCUUGGUUGUGAAAGAUCCAACACGGGUUAUGGUGUCACCAUUCAGCAUGGAUGUCACUGUUGGAGAAAGCAUUGUCUUGCCUUGCCAGGUAUCUCAUGACCACUCACUGGAUAUCAUGUUCACCUGGUCAUUUAAUGGACACCUGAUUGACUUUGAGAAAGAUGGGGAUCACUUUGAAAGAGUUGGAGGGGAUUCAGCUGGUGAUUUGAUGAUCAGAAGCAUCCAGCUGAAGCAUGCUGGGAAGUAUGUCUGCAUGGUGCAAACAAGUGUGGACAAGCUAUCAGCUGCUGCAGACCUGAUUGUAAGAGGUCCUCCAGGUCCCCCAGAAGCUGUGACAAUAGAUGAAAUCACUGACACCACAGCUCAGCUGUCCUGGAGGCCCGGAGCAGACAACCACAGCCCCAUUACAAUGUAUGUUGUCCAGGCAAGGACCCCCUUCUCAGUGGGGUGGCAAGCAGUGAGCACAGUUCCAGAGGUCAUCGAUGGCAGGACCUUCACAGCCACAGUGGUGGGGUUGAACCCUUGGGUUGAGUAUGAAUUUCGGGUCGUGGCUGCCAACCUGAUUGGGAUUGGGGAGCCCAGCAGAGCUUCAGAGAAGAGAAGAACUGAAGAAGCUCUUCCUGAGGUGACCCCAGCCAACGUCAGUGGUGGUGGAGGGAGCAAGUCAGAGCUGGUCAUUACCUGGGAGACCGUGCCUGAGGAGAUGCAGAACGGGGGUGGCUUUGGGUACGUGGUGGCUUUCCGUCCCUUUGGCACCAUCAGCUGGAUGCAGACCGUGGUGGCCUCCCCGGACGCCGCCAGAUACGUCUUCCGCAACGAGACCCUGCCCCCCUUCUCCCCCUAUGAAGUGAAAGUGGGGGUGUACAACAACAAGGGGGAAGGGUCCUUCAGCCCUGUCACAGUCGUCUACUCUGCAGAGGAAGAGCCAACAAGAGCCCCAACCACUGUUCUGGCCAGAAGUCUUUCUGCCUCAGAUGUUGAAGUUUCUUGGGCUCCUCCUCAGGAGAACCAGCACAAAGGAAGAAUACAGGGAUAUGAGGUCAGGUGCUGGAGACAUGAUGAGAAGGAAGAAAACGCAAAAAGGAUUCGAACGGUCGGCAACCAAACAUCCACAAAAGUCACCAACCUGAGAGGCAACGUGCUCUAUCACCUGGCUGUCAGGGCCUACAACACAGCUGGGACAGGCCCCUCCAGCCCCCUGGUCAAUGUCACCACCAAAAAGCCACCACCAAGUCAGCCCCCUGGGAACAUCAUAUGGAAUUCAUCUGACUCCAAGAUCAUACUGAACUGGGACCAAGUGAAAGCACUGGACAACGAGUCAGAAGUGAGAGGCUACAAAGUUUUGUACAGGUGGAACAGGCAGAGCAGCACGUCUGUGAUAGAAACAAAUCAAACCUCUGUGGAGCUGUCCCUGCCCUUCAAUGAGGAUUACAUCAUCCAGAUCCAGCCCUUCAGCGACGGGGGGGAUGGCAGCAGCAGCGAGCAAAUCCGAAUUCCAAAGAUAUCAAACGCCUACGCGAGGGGAUCCGGCGCUUCGAGCUCCAAGGCCUGCACGCUGUCAGCCAUCAGCACCAUCAUGAUCUCCCUCACAGCACGCUCCAGUUUAUGA